AUGAAAGACAGUGGGCAGACGCACAUUCUCGCUGCCGGCGCUGUGGCAGCGUUCACAGUGGAUCUUCUUGUUUACCCCCUUGAUACACUCAAGACUCGCUACCAGAGUGGACAACAAUCUACCGGAUGGAUCUCGCUCAGGGCUAUGAGAGGGCUGUAUCAGGGCGUGGGAAGUGUUAAUCCCGCGACCGUCAGUCUAACUCAUUCUUGGCCAUCCAAACCCACAGCGGCCAUAUUCUUUGCGACUUACGAGUCGAGCAAAUCCCUGCUUACCCGUUCUCUGCCUGCCGUGAUACCUCAGCCAGCCAUCCACUCGCUCGCCUCGGCCGGCGCCGAGCUGGCCUCGUGCUUCGUGCUUACCCCCGCAGAGGUGAUCAAGCAAAACGCUCAGGUGCUGCGUCAGUCCGACAUUUCCCGGCGUGGCCAGUCCUCGUCACUUCUUGCUCUUCAAAUGCUACGGCAUGGAGAAGGCGGACUGGCGCCGAGGUUGUGGUCAGGAUACACGGCCCUAGCGGCGCGAAACCUGCCAUUCACGGCGAUGCAGUUUCCCAUGUUUGAGUACCUCCGCAACUAUCUCUGGAGGUGGCCUGAGCACGCUUUGGACGGCCCGCUUAUUGAAACAGGCGUUAUAACAGGAUGUGCUGCGGCGGUAUCCGGCUCUAUCGCGGCAAUGAUAACAACUCCGGCGGACGUGAUCAAAACUAGGAUCAUGCUUGGAGUUGGGGAGUCUUCGGAUGCGCCGAGGGACGGAGGCAACCACAAGCCUCGACUGGUCAACAAAGGUGGAUUGAACGCUGCAAGAAGGGUACUGCAAGAGAGCGGGAUUCGUGGCCUAUUCCGAGGCGCUAUGUUCCGUGCUACAUGGGCGGCUUUGGGGAGUGGACUUUAUCUUGGCUCGUAUGAGGUGACCAAAGUUUGGUUGAAACGUCGCUCAUCUUGA